AUGUCGGCCCUUCUGACGAUAACUCACGUUAUAAUAUUGUUGGGAUACACUCUUUUAUUCGUUUACUGCAAUGUUACCAUUCUCGAUGCCCAAAAUUUCACUCAUUCCGUCGAGCUUGACGCGGAAAAUCGGUACCAUCUGUAUUGGGAGUUUGACGACAAAAACAUCACCUUUGAAGUCAGUGUGCAGACUUUAGGCUAUGUCGGGCUUGGUUUUUCCACAAAUGGUGGCAUGGCUGGUUCGGACAUCAUCAUUGGAUGGGUGGACGGUAAAGGGAAAGUCCAUGUUUGGGACUGUCACGCACUUGGAAAUCAACAACCGGAAGUAGAUACAAUCCAGAAUGUGAAGGUCAUUUACGGGUCUCAGAAUUCCUCUCACACGACCAUUCGUUUCAUUCGUUCCCUUCAGACGUGCGACCGCAAUGACACUGCACUGGCGCCGGGAACCGUUCGACUAAUUUGGGCUUACCACGAAAACGACCCCGACGAGAAUGGCCUGAUGGGAUACCACGCUGAAUCACGUGGUACUAGAAGUGUGCUUUUACUGGUUGCUAGUAGACCAAUCAUCGAGUCACCAGACGUCAUUAAGGAUAUGAACUUAAUUAAUUCACAGGUUCCUAUUCCUAACAGGAGAACCCUCUACUGGUGUCAAUCGUUUGAGCUCCCGAAACUGAACAGAAAACAUCAUCUAAUCAGGGUCGAACCUGUUAUUCAGCCCGGGCAUGAGUUCUUGGUUCACCACAUUGUCGUCUAUGGCUGUCUUCGCCCGGUAUCUAGGGCUGCCGUCAACUUUGGCCACCCUUGUUACCAUCGGGCCAUGCCGGCAGACUGGUGGCAUUGUAACGCCGUGCUCUUGGCCUGGAGCAUCGGAGGUGGGGUACACGAGCUACCAUCUCACGUAGGGAUUCCUUUCGGAGUACCAGAUGAUCCCACGCUGAUUGUCAUGGAAACCCACUACGACAACCCCUCAAAUCACGCUGGCAUUCGAGAUUCAUCUGGUUUGAGGCUCAUUUUGACACCAGAACUCAGACAGUAUGACGCAGGCGUAUUUCAGACGGGAACAGUUGUCAGUGGUCGACAGUCCAUGGUGAAUCGCACAGAAGGCAUCCAUUCCAUUGGCGUCAUCUUUCAUUCCCAUCUACUGGGCCGCGGAAUCCGCUUACGGCACUUCCGGAAUGGGCGGGAGCUCGAAUUAAUUGCCGAAGACAAAACAUACGAUUUCAAUUUGCAAGUACUACGAUAUCUGAAGGAAGAAAGGCUGGUUCUUCCAGGAGACGGUUUGAUAACGGAAUGCGUUUACAAUUCUUCCCAGAUAGCCACAGUGACAUUUGGGGGACUACGCACGGUUCAGGAGAUGUGUCUGUCUUUUGUUUUGUAUUACCCGCGAAUUAACUUGACCGAGUGUUCCACCAUUCCCAGUCAAGAUUACCUGAACAACUUCCGGAAUCCAUUGCAGCGUCAUGGGACAAAUUGGGUAUCCCGGCUCAUCUUCCGCGUGGACUGGCGAGGUGAGGAUACACGACGGGAAUUCCAGAUGUACACCACGCGGACAGGGACCCCCGGCUUCCAGGCCCAGUGUAGGAAUGGACCCCAAUACUACAUGGGACAUUCUAAAGGCUACUCUGAUCCCCAUUAA